UAAAUACAAUAAUCAGAAAAGAAAAAUAUAGAAAACAAUUUCAAUUCCCGAGAUUCAUCACCACAAGAAGCUACGAAUUACCAAAGGAAGACGGCCGAUAGAGUCUUGAAAAGGUUGCUGAUACGAAUACGAUAGACCGCAAACCACGCUCCAUAGAUAUCCUCUUCGAUUAAAGCUUUGGCGCUUCCCCUAUUGCGACAUCUUCAGUUUGCCUCGAGCUCGUAUCUGCACGACAAAUCGAUCUUAUUGUUGAUUUUUUUAUUGAGACCGGUUGCAGUUUGUCGGCCGGUAAUUUUGCUGGUUUGAGAAUUUUAGGCUUGAAGCUGCUUGUUUCGUCUGGGAGAAUCUAUAAUGCAGGCCUCAAGAGCAAGGUUGUUCAAGGAGUACAAAGAGGUUCAAAGAGAAAAGGUAGCAGAUCCAGAUAUUCAAUUGGUUUGUGAUGAUUCCAACAUUUUUAAAUGGACAGCCCUAAUCAAGGGACCGUCAGAGACUCCUUUUGAAGGUGGUGUCUUCCAGCUUGCCUUCUCCGUACCUGAGCAUUACCCUUUGCAACCUCCUCAAGUGCGGUUCUUAACGAAAAUUUUCCAUCCAAAUGUUCAUUUUAAGACGGGUGAGAUCUGCCUAGAUAUAUUGAAGAAUGCAUGGAGCCCAGCGUGGACUCUCCAAUCUCUUUGUAGGGCUAUAAUUGCUUUGAUGGCUCAUCCAGAACCUGAUAGCCCGUUAAAUUGUGAUUCUGGAAACCUUCUGCGUUCAGGCGAUGUCCGAGGAUAUCGAUCAAUGGCAAGGAUGUACACAAGGCUUGCUGCCAUGCCCAAAAAGGGUUGAUUUUCCAUUGCUUCCACUUUGCCAAACAUCGCUGCUGUCACCAAGGAGAUUACAGAAUGUGUUAAUUGGUCACACCAACAAAUUUGAUAAUCCAGACAUCUUAUGUAAAGUAGUAGUAAAGCAUAUUCCAUCUUCUGUGUGUUCACUUUUAUUUUUUUGGUUCACUAGAUGGAUUGCCUUGUGGUUCCCCCUUUCUCAUAAUUUUAAUUGUUCUAUGUGUUGAUAGUUCUGUCUUCAAUCUAAGAAAUCAAUACUUAUUUAGAUUUCUUUUUUAA